GUUAUGAUUGUUAUUCUAAUAGGGUCGAUACAUUCGAUCCGGACCUGUUUCUUUCCUUCUAUUGUUUAUCGUCUCCCUACGGCGCUCUUCAGUUUUGGGUAUAGUCUCCUUUUCUAUCGUCAGGUCGGUUAUCUAUCUUUGGGAACGUAUUGCUGGGCGGUCUUAGCUUCGGUACAGUUCCAAUGGCUGCGCAGGGUUCCAAAUGCUUCAACUGUGGUGGCGAAGGCCAUUUUGCACGAGAGUGCCCUUCGAACCAAUCGACUGUUGCUCCUAGGGGUGGGAACGGCGUUAGUAAUGCUACUACAACGGCGCACUAUUGGACGCCCUGGCAGAACUAUAAUGAGGAUGCUGAGGAGAAGGAGUUCUUACGUCAACUCAUCCAAGAGAAGAGGAGGGAGUUUGAGGAGAAGAGGAAGAUGCAUGAGAUGAUUAGAUUGGAGAUCGAGAGGAACUCAGAGGCGGCAGAAACAAGGUUCUUGUCCAAAAUUGGGCAACAGUUUCUAGAAGCUCGGGAGGAGGCGAGGAGAGAUGAAGUGAGGGUCACUCGUACAUCAGUACUUGUUUACAGACAUACGGGUUUCAAGGAGUAUGCGGAUAAAGGAUGCAAAGGCCACUUGUUUUUCGAGAGGCACCUCCCCGCCUACGAACGGAUGUCACAUUGUUUUGCGGGAUGCGCCGCUACGAAUGUCUCAGAUAAUAGGUGCCCUUCGAGCCGUUCGACUGCUGCGCCUAGGGAUGGAAAUGGCAUUAAUAAUGCUACUACACCGGCGCGCUAUUGGACGCCCCAACAAAACUAUAAUGAGGAUGCUGAGGAGAAGGAGUUCUUACGUCAGCUCAUCGAAGAAAAGAGGGACGAACAAGCGGUGAAUUGGGAGUUCGAGGAGGAAAGGAAGAUGGAUGAGAUGAUUAGAUCGGAGAUCGAGAGGAACUCGGAAGCGGUAGAAGCGAGGGUCAUGUCCAAAAUUGGGCGACAGUUUCAGGAAGCUCAGGAGGAGGCGAGGAGAGAUGAAGUGAGGGUCACUUAUACACCAGUACUAGUUUACAAAGAUACGGGGGUCAAGGAGUAUGUGGAUAAAGGGUUGGAAGAGAUCGAGGAUGAGAUUGCAAAACUGUAUGAAUUGCGGGAGAAGAAACCGAAGGGUAAGAUCCCAUUAGAGGAAGGGAUGCAGAAGCCUUUUAGACAACCAAAUUUCCAACGUGAAGCAACUGAUCAUUUUGAAACAAGGGAAUCGUCUCACAUGGGUGAAGAGCGAUCACGUAUCAAGGGUUCCAAAUGCUUCAACUGUGGUGGCAAAGGCCACUUUGCACGUGAAUGCCCUUCGAACCGAUCGACUGCUGCUCCUGGGGAUGGGAAUGGCGUUAGUAAUGCUACUACACCGGCGCGCUAUUGGACGCCCCGACGGAACUAUAAUGAGGAUGCUGAGGAGAAUGAGUUCUUACGUCAGGUCAUCCAAGAGAAGAGGGACGAACAAGCGAAGAAGACGGAGUUCGAGGAGAAGAGGAAUAUGGAUGAGAUGAUUAGAUUGGAGAUCAAGAGGAACUCGAAGGCGGUAGAAGCGAGGGUCAUGUCCAAAAUUGGGCGACUGUUUCUGGAAGCUUGGGAAGAGACGAGGAGAGAUGAAGUGAGGGUCACUCGUACACUUGUACCAAUUUACAGAGAUACGGGGGUCAAGAAGUAUGCGGAUAAAGGGUUGGAAGAGAUCGAGGAUAAGAUUGCAAAACUGUAUGAAUUGCGGGAGAAGAAACAGAAGGGUAAGGUCCCAUUACAGGAAGGGAUGCAAAAGCCUUUUAGACAACCAAAUUUCCAACGUGAAGCAACUUAUGAUUUUGAAGCUGGGGAAUCCUCUCGCAUGGCUGAAGAGCGAUCAUGUACCAAGGUCUUCAAGCGGUGGGCGAUGUCUGCUGUCGACAUGCAUGACUUCUCGGACAUGUGUGCUGUUCAAGAAACUAUCGUGAGGAAUGGGUUGCCGCCACAUUGGAUGUACAAUAAUGGUUCCAAAUGCUUCAACUCGGGUGGCGAAGGCCACUUUGCACGAGAGUGCCCUUCGAACCGAUCGACUUUUGCUCAUGGGGAUGGGAAUGGCGUUAGUAAUGCUACUACACUGGCGCGUUAUUCGACGCCCCGACGGAACUAUAAUGAGGAUGCUGAGGAGAAUGAGUUCUUACGUCAGCUCAUCCAAGAGAAGAGGGAGGAACAAGCGAAGAAGAGGGAGUUCGAGGAGAAGAGGAAGAUGGAUGAGAUAAUUAGAUUGGAGAUCGAGAGGAACUCGGAGGCGGUAGAAGCGAGGGUCAUGUCCAAGAUUGGGCGACGGUUUCUGGAAGCUUGGGAGGAGGCGAGGAGAGAUGAAGUGAGGGUGACUCGUACACCAGUACGAGUUUAUAGAGAUACGGGGGUUAAGGAGUAUGCGGAUAAAGGGUUGGAAGAGAUCAAGGAUGAGAUUGCAAAACUGUAUGAAUGGCGGGAGAAGAAAGAGAAGGGUAAGAUCCCAUUAGAGGAAGGGAUGCAGAAGCCUUUUAGACAACCGAAUUUCCAACGUGAAGCAACUGAUGAUUUUGAAGCUGGGGAAUCCUCUCGCAUGGCUGAAGAGCAAUCACGUACCAAGGUAUGUGCUGGCAAUGGUCCCGAGGGUGUACUGGCGUUCGUGCAAGCACAGCGCCGGAUUCUUACCUAGAAGACCAAGGAUCAGUUGAAACAUGUCUACCGAACUGAAGGGAUAACUUACACAACCAAAGG